UAAAAUUAUGUACAAGGUGAUUGGUGAAAGUACCUUAAGCCGGCUAAGCCUAUCAAAUACUAGCGUCUCCGCAUAAAACCGGCUGACAGGGCCACAGGCUGCCAGAUUAGUAUUACGUACCCAAGGAUUGGGGCGUGGUUUCUUUGUCGCGUCAGUCGAUUUGCUUGCAUAAGGUCUGAAUUCUAUUUUUUUGGUGUCAGCCUUGCCAACUCACCUUCUUUGCAUAAGACGAACGUGGCCUUAGUCCAUCUAAGUACUUAUCUCUAAGAAUUCGAUAUUCUUCUAAUCCUAAGAGAAGUGACGGAUAAUCUAUAUGCUGGAUAACAUUGUCUAGCUAAAAGAUCGCCCGUGAUGGAGGCCCUACGAACCGCCCUGCAGCCUUUGCGGCCUAUUACGAACGCCUUACCUACUCCUAUCCGCGAUCUCGGAGUGUCUAUCAUCGGAGACACAUGCUACAAGACCUUGGUUCUCCAGCUCAACCCCACCGAUCCCGAAUGCCUCAAGCUGGCCAUCUCCAAGGGCCUCGGUAUCGGCAUCAUCGGCGCAUCGUCUAUAGUCAAGGUCCCCCAGAUCGUCAAGCUCGUGCAGUCGCAAUCUUCCUCCGGCAUCAGCUUCUUGUCCUAUCUUCUCGAAACCUCGUCCUACCUCAUCUCCCUCGCCUACAACUUCCGCAACGGGUUCCCUUUCAGCACCUACGGCGAAACCGCUCUGAUUCUGGGUCAAAAUGUCAUCAUCACCGUGCUGGUUCUGAACUACAGCGGCAGGGCUAGCAUGGCGGCUUUGUUUGUUGCGGCUCUCGCGACGAGCGUCGUCACGUUGUUCAAUGGCGGGAUCCUCGAUAUGCAGACCCUAAGCUACUUGCAGGCUGGCGCGGGCGUCCUGGGAGUGGCUAGCAAGGUACCUCAGAUCGCUGCUAUCUAUCAGCAGGGCGGAACGGGUCAGCUGAGCGCAUUCACGGUCUUCAACUAUCUAGCCGGCUCGCUCUCUCGAAUCUUCACGACGCUGCAAGAGGUGGAUGAUAAGCUGAUCCUGUACGGUUUCGUCGCGGGUUUCACGCUGAACUUGGUCUUGGCUGCGCAGAUGGUAUACUAUUGGAACGCCCCUUCGGCCAAGGCUAGGGGCAAGAUGAAGGAGGCCGCCCCGGUUCCCGCCGCCGCUGGCGGUCAGAGCUCAGCCGUGUCUUCGGCCACGCCUAAAAGUAAGGGGCCCACGACGAGGCGCAGGGGCUAGAAUUCCUGCCAACGCCUCGAGGAAACCUCGCGGAGCAGCAUCUCAUUUUAUUAGACACCAACCACUGUAAUACAAUUUACGUUAUAUCCCGAUUUCUUACUCGUUCUACCAUUCCCGUUGAUGAUGUGGCUCUUAUCUAUCGAAUA